UCACACUCCGCUCUCAAGAGAGAAAAGGAGAGAAAAUACUGGUAAGCAGUGAAAACAACCCCUUGAGAGGGUGAAAAGAGUGAAAAAGAAACAUUUGGAAGCACUGAAAAGAAAAAUGUGGGGAGUAAAAACCAAUCUUCUCCUUAUUUCCUCUCUUCUCCUCCUCCCCUUCAACUGCACUCCUUCUUCUGAAGUAGAGGACGAGCAUGCCUUUGAUUAUUUAAAUGGAACCGGCAAAGGACCUGAACGCUGGGGAGAGAUAAAUCCAGAGUGGAGAAUAUGUGAUAAUGGAAACAUGCAGUCUCCCAUCGAUCUUCUCAACCACAGGGUCGAAAUCAUGCCUCAUUUGGGCAGAUUACACAGGAAAUACAAGCCAGAUCAUGCUUUUGUCAUGAACAGGGGUCAUGAUAUUAUGCUGAAAUGGAAAAGGGGAGCAGGUAGCAUCAUCAUAAAUGGGAUCCACUACACUCUAAAACAGUGUCACUGGCAUUCACCUUCUGAGCAUACCUUUAAUGGCUCCAGGUAUCACAUGGAGCUGCACAUGGUUCACGAAAAUAACGAGGGAAAACUUGCAGUGGUUGGAAUCACUUACAAAUUUGGGAGACCAGACCCAUUUCUCCAAAAGAUCAUCCCUCACGUAAUGCCCAUUGAGACGACUGAAUUGGGUGCUGAAAUAGAUGCAGGAAUCAUUAAUCCAAGGGACAUAAAAAUUGGGAGCCGAAAAUAUUAUAGAUAUAUAGGCUCUCUUACGGUCCCCCCAUGCAGCGAAGGUGUUAUUUGGACCUUAGUUAAAAAGGUGAGGACAGUAUCCAGAGAGCAAGUGAGGAUACUGAGGGAAGCCGUUCAUGAUGGGUGUGAAGAAAAUGCAAGGCCUGUCCAACCACAGGACGGUAGAACCGUUUUGCUUUAUACUCCAACUGGCACACCAGGUUCCCGCUAGUGAGAGAUUUCCUAUCUACACUUAGGAAACUGAGAAUGCUUAUGCUGCGAUUUCCAUAUCAUAUGAUUUUAUUUAUAUUAAGGUUGUUUUGGAUCAUAUUCUAAAUAAAUUUGUUUAAUUUUAAUUAGA